CCGCCGUCGCCCGAGAAGGUUCGGGGCCGGGCCGGGCCGGGCCGGGAUGGUCCCGGUCGGGAGGCCGCCGCCGCCGCCGCCGCCACCGGAGGGAGCGGGCCGCCCAGCGCCGCACUGAGCCGCCCCCGCCCCGCCCCGGCCCCGGGGGAUGCGCCGCCUGGAGCCGCUGCCUCCGCCGCCGCAGCCGCAGCCGCAGCGGGCACAGAGCAGGUAGAUGGCCCCCCCAGGGCAGGCCCUGCGGACACCCCUCCCUCCGGCUGGCGGAUGCAGUGCCUAGCGGCCGCCCUUAAGGACGAAACCAACAUGAGUGGGGGAGGGGAGCAGGCCGACAUCCUGCCGGCCAACUACGUGGUCAAGGAUCGCUGGAAGGUGCUGAAAAAGAUCGGAGGUGGAGGCUUUGGUGAGAUCUAUGAGGCCAUGGACCUGCUGACCAGGGAGAACGUGGCCCUCAAGGUGGAGUCAGCCCAGCAGCCCAAGCAGGUCCUUAAGAUGGAGGUGGCUGUGCUGAAAAAGCUGCAAGGGAAGGACCAUGUGUGCAGGUUCAUUGGCUGUGGCAGGAACGAGAAGUUUAACUAUGUAGUGAUGCAGCUCCAGGGCCGCAACCUGGCAGACCUGCGCCGCAGCCAGCCAAGAGGCACCUUCACGCUGAGCACCACGUUGAGGCUGGGCAAGCAGAUCCUGGAGUCCAUUGAGGCCAUACACUCUGUGGGCUUCCUACACCGCGACAUCAAGCCGUCAAACUUUGCCAUGGGCCGGCUGCCCUCCACCUACAGAAAGUGCUACAUGCUAGACUUCGGGCUGGCCCGGCAGUACACCAACACUACUGGGGAUGUUCGGCCUCCUCGGAAUGUGGCCGGGUUUCGAGGGACAGUUCGCUAUGCCUCAGUCAAUGCCCACAAGAACCGGGAAAUGGGCCGCCACGAUGACCUGUGGUCCCUCUUCUACAUGCUGGUGGAGUUUGCAGUGGGUCAACUGCCCUGGAGAAAGAUCAAGGACAAGGAGCAGGUAGGGAUGAUCAAGGAGAAGUAUGAGCACCGGAUGCUGCUGAAGCACAUGCCCUCGGAGUUCCACCUCUUCCUGGACCACAUCGCCAGCCUCGACUACUUCACCAAGCCUGAUUACCAGUUGAUCAUGUCGGUGUUUGAGAACAGCAUGAAGGAGCGGGGCAUUGCUGAGAAUGAGGCCUUUGACUGGGAGAAGGCAGGCACGGAUGCCCUCCUGUCCACAAGCACCUCCACCCCACCCCAGCAGAACACCCGGCAGACAGCAGCCAUGUUCGGGGUGGUCAAUGUGACGCCCAUGCCUGGGGACUUGCUCCGGGAGAACACCGAAGAUGUACUACAGGGCGAGCACCUGAGUGACCAGGAGAAUGCACCCCCAAUUCUUCCUGGGAGGCCCUCUGAGGGGCUAGGCCCCAGCCCCCACCUUGCCCCCCACCCUGGGGCUCCUGAGGCUGAAGUCUGGGAGGAGACGGAUGUCAACCGGAACAAACUCCGGAUCAACAUCGGCAAAACCCCCUGUGUGGAGGAGGAACAGAGCCGAGGUGUGGGAGUCCCCAGUUCCCCGGUGCGUGCCCCCCCAGAAUCCCCCACUACCCCAGUCCGUUCUCUGCGCUACCGGAGGGUCAACAGCCCCGAGUCAGAAAGGCUUUCCACAGCAGCAGAUGGGCGAGUGGAGCUGCAUGAGAGGAGGUCACGGAUGGAUUUGCCCGGCUCACCUUCGCGCCAGGCCUGCUCCUCACAGCCAGCCCAGAUGCUGUCAGUGGACACAGGUCACGCAGACCGGCAGGCCAGCGGCCGCAUGGAUGUGUCUGCCUCUGUGGAGCAGGAGGCCCUGAGCAAUGCCUUCCGCUCUGUGCCGCUGGCUGAGGAGGAGGACUUUGACAGCAAGGAGUGGGUCAUCAUUGACAAGGAGACGGAACUCAAGGACUUCCCUCCGGGUGCUGAGCCAAGCACAUCAGGCACUACGGACGAGGAGCCAGAGGAGCUGCGGCCACUGCCUGAGGAAAGCGAGGAGCGGCGGCGGGCAGGGACAGAGCCCACUGUCCGGCCCCGGGGACGCAGCAUGCAGACGCUGGCUGAGGAGGACCUGCGGCCAAUGCCGCCACAGCCCUUGCAACCCCAGCUGAGCCAGGCUGAUGGCCGUUCAGAGACAUCGCAGCCCCCCACGCCUGGCAGCCCUUCCCACUCGCCCCUACAUUCGGGACCCCGCCCUCGACGGAGAGAGUCGGAUCCCACAGGCCCACAGAGACAGUUGGAGGAGGACAGACUCUCGGGGCACUCCCUCCCGCGGUACAGCCCCCUGCGACGACUGGCGUCUUCCGUGUUCUCCUCCUCCACGCUGGAGACUGAGCAUUACCCUCACCCUGGCGGCGGCAGCUCCUCGGGCUCCUCCGGUUCCCUCAUUCAGCGCAGCCGCUCGGCCGAGAGCAGCCCAGUGCGGGCGCCCCACCGGCGCCACGCGCCCCUCGCCGCCGGCAACCACAGACUUGUGCCCUCGGUGCUCCGCAUCUCGCGGUCCCAGCUGCAGCAGGUGUUCUCCGUGGCGCCCCUGUUUGAGGUGAAUGGUCUCCCACGAGCUGUGCCUCUGAGCCUGCCCUACCAGGACUUCAAGAGAGACCUCUCCGAUUACCGAGAACGAGCACGGUUGAUCAACAGGGUCCGGAGGGUGGGCUUCUCGCACAUGCUGCUCACCACCCCUCAGGUGCCGCUGGCUCCUGUUCAGCCUCAGGCUAAUGGGAAGGAGGAAGAGGAGGAGGAAGAGGAGGAGGAAGAGGAGGAAGAAGAAGAUGAGGAAGAGGAGGAGGAGGAGGAGGAAGAAGAGGAGGAGGAGGAGGAGGAGGAAGCAGCUGCUGCAGUGGCCCUCGGGCAGGUGCUGGGGCCGCACAGUGACUCUAGCAGUGAGGGGAGUGAGAGGAGCACUGACCGAAGCCAGGAGGGUGCCCCAUCCACGCUGCUGGCUGACGACCAGAAGGAGUCCCGGGGCCGGGCCUCCAUGGCUGAUGGAGACCUAGAGCCUGAGGAGGGCUCCAAAACGCUGGUGCUUGUCUCCCCUGGCGACAUGAAGAAAUCUCCUGUCACUGCCGAACUGGCUCCCGACCCUGACCUGGGCACCCUGGCUGCCCUCACUCCUCAGCACGAGCGGCCCCAGCCCAUGGGCAGCCAGCUGGAUGUAUCUGAGCCAGGCACCCUGUCCUCCGUCCUCAAGUCUGAGCCCAAGCCCCCUGGACCUGGGGCAGGGCCAGGGGCUGGGGCAGUGACCACAGGGGCAGGGGGUGUGGCAGUCACCUCUUCACCCUUCACCAAAGUUGAGAGGACCUUUGUGCACAUUGCAGAGAAAACCCACCUCAAUGUCAUGUCUUCCGGCGGACAAGCCUCACGGCUUGAAGAGUUCAGUGCUGGGGGCGAGCUGGGUCUGGAUGUGCCCUCUAAUGGGGGUGCUGAGGAGACGGCUCCAGUGCCCCUGGAGAAUGGCAUCGCCCCGUCAGGGCUGGAUGGGGCUGACAUGGUGAGCUGUACUUUGUCCGGCCCUCCCAGGGAAAUCCCUUCAGAGGUGGCUACAGACUCACUGCCUAGUGGGCCAGCCAUUGCUGAUAGGCCAGCCCCAGUAUUCCCACUGGAGCCAGGCCCUGAGAAAGUGGCUGUCUCCCCAAGCCGCCAUGCCAUGUCAGGCACUCUCCCUAGGAGCCGAAUCCCUGUCCUGCUAUCUGAAGAAGACACAGGCUCAGAACCCUCAGGCUCACUGUCAGCCAAAGAGCGGUGGAGCAAGAGGGCCCGGCCCCAGCAGGACCUGGCACGGCUGGUUAUGGAGAAGAGGCAGGGCCGCUUGCUGCUGCGGCUAGCCUCAGGAGCCUCAUCCUCCUCCAGUGAGGAGCAACGCCGUGCCUCAGAGACGCUCUCAGGCACAGGCUCUGAGGAGGACACACCUGCCUCUGAGCCCAUGGUGGCCUUGUCCAGGAAGGCUGGGCGGGCAGUUGCCACCCGGAGCCGGAUUCCCCGCCCCAUUAGCACCCGCAUGCCCAUGCCUGCUGCAGCCCAGCAGCCCCCCAGCAGAUCCCAUGGUGCGGCCCCUGAAUUGGACACAGCCAUCACCAGCAGCAGGCUCCAGCUGCAGAAGCUCGCAGGGCCAGCCACAGCUGCUGACCUCCGUCCCAAACAGCCUCCCGGCCACAGCCUUGGCGCAGGACGAGCCCAGGCCGGCGCCAGGGCUCCUGCCCCCCGCAGUCCGGGCCUCCCACCCACCGCGUCCCCACGGAGCCAGUCCCUGUCCCGAAAAGAGAGUCCCUCCCCCUCGCACCAGGCCCGACCAGGGGUCCCCCCAGCGCGGGGCGUCCCGCAGGCCCGGGUCCAGCCUGACACCACCCCCUCCCCGGGGGGCCCCAAAAAAGGACCCAGAGGGAAACUCCAGGCUCAGCGCGCAGCAACCAAAGGCCGGGCAGGGGGCUCAGAGAGCCGGGCCGGAGCCAGAUAAUGACGCCCGCGGCUCUCCUCAGCCCCCCACCCUCUCCCUGGACCCCCACCCGCAGCCGGCCACACUGGAAAAGCUCCCAGCACAGCCUUACGCGCCCUGAAGCGCGCCACCCGAGGCCCCAGCUUCCCGCCUGCGCCCGCCAGGACAUACGCCGACCGCCAGCCCCCGAAGAACGGUGCGGGAUGUUGCGGGCGCUGGGGGAGGGUCCGCCUUCCCCUCUUGGUCUCCUCCCCUCCCCCUUCCCUCCCUCAGGCGGGGCAGGCUGACACCCGGUCCUCUGCCCAGGGGAAGGCUCAAUCACUCUUCACCAAGGACUCCACUUCUGGGGACACCCUAUUGACCCAUCAGGCCCUGGCUUCUCUCCAUGCUCCCCCAGAGACCUCCGCUUACACCUCUUGCAGCACCUUGCCCUCCUCCCAACCCUUUUCCAGCUAACACCUCCUACCCCCUUUCAGUGAAGCAGCCUCAAUUUCCAGAAGUGGAGGCUCCAGCCUCCCACUGAGGGCUAACCGCACAGUCUCCUGGGAGCGCUGGUGGUGGUGGUUAAGGGAGUGUGGGGGGGAGGAGGAAGACCUCUGGACUGCCCAUCAGUCUACUCAGGUGUGAGGGGACAGGUCUGACCUGCCCCAUAGUCUGCUCUAUCCUGGACAACCCCCUGGGAGGCAGUGGGAAGAUGAUUCUUGGGGGCAAUGUACUCCCCCGCACCACUGGGGUGCAGAGACCCUGGCCUUCAGUGGGAACCAUGAGAGGUCUGUGUGGGCUCCCUUCCUGGGUAAAUGUUUCUUUGUGGGAAGGUGGAGCUUUAAAAAAGGUUUCACUCUGGUCCAUGGUCCCUGAUCUAGUGCUCAGGAUCCCUCACCAUCAGGAAUUCCUUCCUGUCAUCUAACUUCAAAUCUGCCUACUGAGUUCAAUGCAGGUGGAGAGUGCCUGGUUAUAAUCUUUGCGCUGGCCCUUUGGAGAUUCAGGGACCCAGUUCUGGUCAGGUUACCCUCCCUGUCCUCCUAGCUGUGGGGAGUGGGUUGGCUCUGGCAUUAUCUCCCCCAGUGGGCAGAGAGAGCAGAGCUGGCAGACAGCUAGCAGUGGACAGACAGCUGGCAGCUUGCCUCUGGAGACAGAAAGGCCCUUCCAACUUCCUGACUAUAUGCUUGUAUGACAGGUCCCCAGCUCAAGCCCACUCCUCCCUCAGCUCACCCUUAUCUAGUCCUCUCUGGCCCUAACCCCAGCCCAUGUAGCUGCACUGAAUAAACGAGGGGCCUCCUCCUGGGUUCUGGCUCCUACGUAGCUCACCCCACCUCAUCAGGAGCCUCAACUGCCUGUAUCUGGGGCAAGCAACACACCAGCUGCAGCAGAGACAACCAACACUGCUUGUCUGGGAGAAGCCCCCUACAGGCCUCCUCCAUCCUCAGCACCUGCAAUCUCUGUCUGCCCUCUGUACUGCCCCCUCUGUCCUUCCCUGAGCCACAGAGAGCAAGCCAAGACAUCUAGGGGAAGAGAAGGGAAGGAAGGUCUCAGCAUGCCCCAGUAGUCUGGCUGCAUCCAGGCACCAUCACCCAGAAGGAUGCCCACGAAGAAGCUGGCCACAGGGGCAGGCUGGUGGUGCCAGAUGAGCCCCUCCUGGAGUUCAGACUUGGGCAGCUGCUUCCUUGUGAAGGUGGCAGCUUCCUUGCAGACCAACCCAGGGGAGGACUCCAGGGUGGACAGCUUUCAAGAUCCACCCCAUGCUGAUGCAGAAGCUCCCAGAACACUCAGGAAACCUCUCUGGACAGAGCCCUCGUUGUCAACCUGAGCCCCUCCUAAGGCCCUCUGGGUCCAAUACAGGGGGUGGAGGAGGGGCCACUGCCUCCCACCUAGAGCUUCUCUGAAUGACAAUCAGCUUGUGCCAGAUGGGGACCAGGGCAUGAGCCCUGAUGCCCAGCCCCUGGGCCUGUUCCUUGCCACCAACCGAACUGUGAAUGUAGGGCCCCCAGCCUCACUUUGCUCCAGGACCAACACUACCCUGGUUUGGAGCUGGGAAGAAGGGCGCCUGAGAGAGCCCCAGGUCCAUUCUACCCUCAGUUUUACCCAACACUGAAGCUGGCAGAGACACAAAACUCAGUCUGCCCUUGGGAUUCCAGAUCUUCCUAGGGCUCCCAACUGACCUCAGGCCUCUGAGUCAUUGAAUGUCACCAGGUGAGGGGGUGGGGAAGAGGGCCAGUGGAGAGAGGGGCAGCAAUGGGACUAACUCUGCUCAUCUCCCCAGGAAGGGUCCAGGGCAGAGGAAACCACAUCACCCAGUGCUCCCACACCUAACUUCAGCCUCUUCUCCCUUGAGCAUUGAUUCCCUCCACCAGGCCCUCCAGGUCCUAAGCUCCUUCUCUAUAAAAGAGUGUCAUAUCAUAGCCGUAGCCCGCCUCCCCAGUAUUUCCCCAUCAUGACAUCUAUGUUACUGGCUCAGAUUGGAGUCUGCUGACCCCAGAAUAUGCCUUCCCUCUCUGGCCAUACCAUGCGUGAAGGGGACACUGGAGAGGGACUAUGCCCCAGGUCCAUGGGCUGCCCCUUCCCAGCUCCUUGCAGUCUCCUUGCAAGACUGGCUUGCUCAGUCUUCUCAGCUCCAGGGACCAGCCCUGGCAGGCAUGGGGUGGGGAGCAGGGAGUUGCUCUCCCCCUCCCUUGGGAAGCCACCUAAGAAUGUUUACAUGCCAAACAGAAUGUAACACCCUCCACCCCUUCCCAGUCACUGCAUGGCCUCUGCCUAUCCUGCGCCUGUCCACCUCACCCCAACACCCUGGAAGCCGCUGUCAUGAUAGAUUGGGUCUCAGAAGGGAAGUAGCCAUCAAACCAUUAAAAAGCCUGUGGACCUUUCUUUCUGUUGGCCUGAACUCUUCUUCCCUUUGGGAGGGCAGGGCAAAACCCAGCUCUUGUGGCUGGGGGUAGGCAAGAGAGAAGAAACAGAUUGGUGGGCAAAUGGGGAGAGGUACUCAGAACAGAUAUAAGUAACUUGCUUGGGUGGCACAGGAUGAAAGGCACUGUCCUAUCACUGUAAUGCACAAGCUGUCACUCUCUCAACCCCCUGGCCACUUAUGAGCCAGAGACUCUAAGUCCGGCUUUAUGCAGAGAGACAGGGAAGAAGAAUUUUCAUUGCCCUAAAGAUAAUGGACAAAAGUGAGAGUGUUUCUAAAACUCUAAAACCCAUUAAGUGUAACAGCUCCCAGGCAAGGUAAUUAUUGUAGCAAAAUCUAUCAGAUCACAAGUGACAUAGCUGUGACACAGAAUAUCCACCUGCAGAAAUUUACCCUGUGGAUAUACUUGUACAGCAAAAUUACUGUCCAAAGUUGUUCAUUGCAGCUUUCUUUGUAUUAGCUCCACAAAGCCUCAUCUACAAUUCUGAAUCCCAGGAAGUUCUGAAAACUGUUGUUUUUUUUUUUCAUUAGAUUGACACAAACUCAUUUAAACUCAUUUUAAAACCUGACAAGAUCAUUUAUACAAUCUUUAUUAAUUUCAGUUAUCAUACAUAUUUGCAGAGGAAAUACUAGUGUGCUUGACUGAUCAUGGGAUACCACUCCAGAUCCUGUUAUGGUAUUUCAUAUCUGGUAUACACGCUGAAUUAUCUUUCUAACUAUAUAUAUUUAAAUAUACAGUUGACCCUUGAACAUUAUGGGGGUUAGAUGCACUGACUCUCCACACAGUUGAAAAAUCUGUGUAUAACUUUUGACUCCCCCAAACUUAACAGCUUGCUGUUGACCAGAAGCCUUACUGACAACAUAAACAGUCAAUUAAUACAUAUUUUGUAUGUUAUAUGUACUAUGUGCUGUAUUCUUACAAUAAAGCUAGAAAAGAAAAUGUUUUAAGAAAGUCAAAAAGAAGAGAAGAUAUGUUUACUAUUCAUUAAGUGGAAGUGGAUCAUUAUAAAGGUCUUUGGGCCUGGCACAGUGGCUCACUUCUGUAAGCUUAGCACUCUGGGAGGCCAAGGCAGGAGGAUAGUUUGAGCUUGGGAGUUCAAGACCAGCCUGAGCAAGACCCCCACCUCUACUGAAAAUAGAAAAAUUAGCCAGUUGUGGUGGCUUGGACCCAUAGUACCACUCAGGAGGUUGAGGCAGGAGAAUGGCUUAAGCCCAGGAGUUUGAGGUUGCUGCAAGCUAGGCUGAGGCCAUGGCACUCUAGCUUGGGAGGCACAGUGAGACUUUAUAUUAAAAAAAAAAAA